UGUAGGGUGUGUGUGAUUGGCUCUGUUUCAUGUGCUGCCGUGCUUCACGAGUGGUGGGAACUGUCAGAAAACUCUGCUGCUGAGAGUACGCCAUUUGUCGCCAUUGCCAGUUGUAGACCACCAACCAAGAGCCGUCCGCAGCAGCGUUGCUACCCUCUCACCUGUAGUCCAGCGAGGAAGGGAUUCUAGACCGUCGCGAAAGGAGUUACGAGACCGCUUUCGCGUCUUAGUUCCGCGUUUUGGUCUCGCAACUUACUCCCGCACUAACCUACUUCAAGAAAACUACCGAGGAAACGAGGUUGGAGUACGGACGAAUCAACGGUUACCGUGCCUAGGGACAGUAUAUCCAGCCUAGGGUUCGUACUGACCUCGACUGGCAACGCUCAGCCCUGGGCCGUAGAUCCGACGUGGCAGCUCGUCCAGGGGUUAGCCACGAUGCGUAAACCUAGUCUUUGCGAAACGGCGACGUAGCAUCGUCGCACGCGAGCCCUGUCACGUCCUUAACUCUCCCGCGCCUUUCGCGCUAAUAAUCAGGCAACACUUCAGUCUCCUAUUUAUUAUCUCGGCGUCUCAAAAGGGUGUAGCUCCAGAAACGUCGAUUUUUCCAGCGUAAGGGGAGUGAGAGCUGAGAGCAAUGCGUGAAGGAGCCUCGGCAUCGAGGCUCGGCGACAAUAGAAUGCCACAAGGCGAUAGCAGCCUCGGAAUAGGACGACCCGUUAACAGUAUAGAAGGUCGGCAUCUUAGCGAGACGUGUAGGGCCCAGAGACUAGACAUGGCGACAUUCGCGAGGAGUCAAUUGCUCCGUUUCGCCAUCGCGACGUUCGUGCUGUUACUCAGUCCACCCUUAACGCGGACACAAUCAGUGUGCAACCGGCAAGCGGUGGUGUACGUGACGGCGACCGGCUCCGCAACCGGCUGCUGCGGCACCUCGCAGAGGCCAUGCGGCUCCCUCGACCUCGCCCUCACGAACGCUGACCUCAAGGGGGCGACCAUUCUGCUGGUCAACGGCACCAUACCCGUGUCCUUCUCAACGCUCUCGUCCCCCCUCGCCCUCGGCGGCUACUCCCUCACUAUAGCAGCAGGCUCGCUCUCCUCGCCCUCCCCCACCCCCCCCGCUUCAAUCACAUCUAAGCCUCUCAUUGAUUGCAAGAACGGGCCCUGCUUGAGCGCCGUUUGUGCCUCUAACGGGGGCGCUUCUGCUGCCGCUCCUGCUGUGCCGUGCGCGCAGGCGAGUGUGACCAUCCAGGGGGUCGUUGUGAUGAGCGGGUUGAACAAGGUCGGAGGAGGGGGCUGCUUGGAAGCAGCGAACCAGAAGGUGACUAUAACGAGCGUUGACUUCUCCAGCUGCAUCGCGUACACCAACGGGGGCGCGGUCUCCGUCUCGUCCUCCAAGGAUGUGACUAUGACGAAUGUGACUGUGUUCGACUCGAAAGUCACCCAGGGGGGCAUCGACGGUGGUGGCGGCGGCAUUGCAAUCUUCUCCUCCAAGGGCUCCCUCUCGGCUCUCGACGUCGAGUCGUGCCACGCGGACGAGAGCGUGGGAGGCGGCAUCGCCAUCUACUCCUCCACUCUCACCCUCUCUUCCUCUGUCAUCGCCCAGUGCUCCUCCCGCUUCCUGGGCGGCGGGCUCGCCUCCUCCACCUCCACCCUCACACUCAAAUCCGUCCAAAUCACCAGCACCAACGCCAGCUCCGCGGGGUGUUUGUCCGACACCGCCUCUCUCUCGCUCUCUAUCCAGGCGUCCACUUUCUUCGGGUGCUUCGCCGCGUCUUCCCGCGACUAUCCUCCUUAUGACGCGGACCCGUCCUAUGGCGGGGGGAUGUUCCUUAACGGGACGACGUCUACAGUGAUUCUUGACUCGACGAUUGACUCGACCACUUCGGUGUACGGGGGGGGAGGGAUUUACGCCAUGGGCACGACCAAGAUCUCGAUCCAACGGUCCACAAUCACCCGCUGCACUAACUACAUGGACAGUGGGACGGGGGUUGCGGUUGACGGCUGGAGUAUGGGAACCACCACUGGGAGCGUGGAGUUAAUCGAUAGCCAAAUAGUGGAUAAUACGGGGUAUGCGGAGUCUAACCUGGGGGUUGGAGUGUAUUUGUCAGACGUUAAUGCGGUGGUGCGCGGUUGCAAUAUCUCGGGGAACAACGGGCUGAUGACUGAGGGGCUUUUAGCCCAAGGCGGCGGCAUCAGCACGAACUUUGUGAACAAGGAGGAGGUGGUUUUUGACUUCUCCGACUCAACUGUCAGCAACAACUGGGCGUACAUGGGCGGGGGUCUCUACAUCACCUCACCUGCAGUCACCGUCACCAACGUCACCUUCGCCAACAACUACGCCGUCGCUUCAGGAGGAGGAGUCUACUGGCUGAAUGGCGGCAGCAUGGUGAAGAGCAGGGUGGAGGGCAACGUGGGCGCCAUGGGGGGCGGCGGCAUGGCGGUCAACACAAAAAAAACAGUGGCUGUGGACGACUGUGACUUUAUCGCCAACGAGGCUACUACCGGGGAGGGCGGAGGUGUUCUUAUAACGGAGGGAGAAGCCACGGACGUGGCUAUCACCAACAGCCGCUUCUCCCAGAACAAGGCCAUGGCAGCGCGAGGGGGAGCCAUCUUCCACAGUGGCACGGCCCUCUCGCUCUUUUCCACCUCCUUCCGAAGCAACUCCGCUGCUAAGGGCGGGGCAGUCGCCGUUGUAGGCUCCAUCCUCUCCUCCCCCUCCUCGCCCUCCUCGCCCUCCGCUCCCUCCGCUCCCCCUCUCUCCACCGUUGCUACCAUCACCUCUUCCUCCUUCUCCCUCAAUCACGCCGACCUGUCAGGCGGCGCGCUCUACGCCGCGAUGACGGGCGAUGCGCGAAUCACCGACUGCGAGCUGGCGCAGAACGACGCGACCACGGGCGGCGGGAUUGCCCUGGAGGAGUACAGCGUGCUGGCGCUGACUCGCAGCGUGUGCGAUGGCAACAAGGCUGUAUCCGGGGGAGGGUGCUUGGCCCUUAUUGAUGCCACCUCGGGUGUGAUUGUAAAGGGGGAGGUGAAGGGGAAUGCGGGUGGGAGCGAGGGAGGGGGGGUUCGAGCGAGUGGGUCCGCGAGGCUGACUGUAACGGGGGUGAUUGUAGAGGGGAACAGCGCAGAAGGGGGUGGGGGGUUCGUAUGGGCAGAGAUGGACGCUCAGGUGAAUGCGACUGGGACCAAUUUCCGGAACAAUUCGGCCCGGUUUUAUGGCGGAGUGAUCUACGCCGUCCAUUCGGCCCGUGUUGAUCUCACUGGGUCGAAUCUGGUCGGCAACAGCGCGGAUCUGGGUGGCGCGGCGCUGAUCGAGGGGCGGGCGGUUUUGUCCUGUUUGAACUCGACGUUUUCCAGCAAUGCCGCCCAUGCGGUGGUGGUGAGGGGCCAGGCCGAAGCUACUAUUCUUGGCGGCAGCUUCAACAACAACACUGCUGCUAGCGGCCCUUCUCUCUCCUCCUCCUCCUCCUCGUCCUCCACUUCCUCUGCCUCUGCUGCUGCAGUUGCCGAUUCCCCUACAGCCACAGCCACUGCCACUGCUACAGGCUUCUCUGAUUUCGCCUAUCCCUCGCCUUCUAUCCACAUGGCUGCUGCCUUUGCCGCUGCGGUCACCUCUUCCAUCGAAGCAGCAAGCCUGGCGACUAGAGGCCCCACUGCUAGGCUUCUCGCUGCUACUCCAGCUGCUGCUGGAGCCGGGAAUGUAACCACCAGCCAAGGUGGUAACCGCACAGUGACCACAAUUGGAGUGGCGAGCCCCCUGGGCGACGGUGGCGCGCUCCGCGCCACCGAUUCUGCCAUCCUUGUUAUAAACAGCUCCACUCUUACUGGGAACACCGCCAGCAAGGGCGGCGCGAUCUUCUCCGACUCCCUGGCCUCCGUCUCAAUCAACAGCUGCGAUUUCAUCUCGAACGUGGCGAGCAAGGGCGCGGGGGCGCUCGCCACGGGCAACUCCUCCCUCUCCGUCCUGCUCUCUAACUUCACUGCUAACGCGGCGUCCUUUGGGGGAGGGGGGCUGUUCUACGAGGGCAACUCCCAGGGGAGCAUCCUCAACUGCUCGUUUGUGGGGAAUGAUGCGAAGAAGGGAGGGGCGGCUGUGUAUGUGGAUCGGGAGCUGCUGAGGAAGAACCCCCUCGGAGAGACGAGUGUCAGCGACGCGAACAGCACUAGCAACAGCAACAGCGACGGCAGCGGCAGCGGCAGUGGAAGCCAGGAUACGCCCUCUCCGACUCUCCCUCCCGCCAUGGUGGCAUUGAGCAGCAACCUGACGUGUGAUAAUGUGGUGUUUGAGGGCAACGCCGCGGUGCCCAGCCAGGGCGUGGCGUUCUUUGACACGUCUUUCUGGCCGGGCGUCAGAAUCACGUGCUCUGGCGCUGACAGCACAAAGAACGACACCAUCGGCACCCCCCCUACGUCCUUCUCUCUCCUGUGGCAGAACAACGCACUCGAAGGGGGCAGUACUGACAACACCACCCCGUUCACCGUGAUGGGGGAUACUCAGACCCCCAUAGUGAACAUCAGCGUCACCAUCCUCGAUGCUUAUGGCAACAUCGCCAUCGACGACUUCUCCUCAAUCAUCGCCAUCCAGCCCGACCCCCGCAUCUCUGGCCUCCUCCGCGCCACCGCCCUGGAAGGCCAGGCGGUGCUGCCGCCCGUCUCGCUCGUCAUGCCGCCCGAAAGCGCGACCAACUUCACGCUCCCGAUCACCGUCAGCAGCCCCACCGACGCAUACCCCCCGAUCACCCAGGAGUUAGAAUUCGCUUUCUGUGACCCUGGGAACUAUUUCAGUCUGGACUCUCUGGCGUGCCUGCCGUGUGAAGUGGGGUAUAUGUGCCCCGCGGGGCAGGGGUCUGUGGUGUGUGAGGAUGGGACGUUUAGCUUCCUGCCGGCGGCAAGUGAGUGCGUGACGUGCGCCGAUACGGUGACCAUUCUGGGGGACAAUGCCAUGGGCUGCUCCAACGGGACGUGCACGAUUGCCGGGGACUUCUGGCUGAACCCAGAGAGCGUUUACACUGACAGCCCUGCGGUGUACUACUGCGACGUGUCGAACGGCUGUGCGGGGUACAACUACUCAUCGCCCAACGACUCACAGUGUGCAGAGGGCUAUGACCAGAACCGCCUCUGCUCCACGUGCUCCCCCGGAUACUACUCUGUUAUCAGCACGUGCUACCAGUGCACCUCGUGGAUGGAAACGCUCUUCUGGUUCUUCUUCGUGCUCGUCAUCCUGCUGUGGGUGGCGACGGCCGUCUUUUCUGACCGCUUCCACUCGGUGUCGAUGAUGAACAGUGAGCUGCAGAUCCUGGCCGUGCUGGGCUCUGUGGAUCUCCAGUUCCCCGACUGGGCGAGGAAGGUCGUCGAGCUCUCCACUCUCAGCCUCUUCUCAGUGGACAUCCUGGGUCCCGACUGCAAGUUCACCUUCCCCUUCACGUCCCGCUGGGCGCUCACCAUGAUAGUCGCCGCGGUGGGCCUCGCCGCCUACGCGCUCCUCUUCGCCGCCCAGCGCGCGCUGCGCCUCGUCUUCCCCCUACCGUCCCAGUCCCACGCCCAAGGGGGGGAGAAGGGAGGGGAGAAGGGGGGAAAGAAGCCAUCUGCUAACCCGCCUGCCCCGCUGGAGGAUAUUUAUAUUCACGGUGCGGCCAACUGGCUGGACGUGUGCUACCUGCCGGUCACUGUGCGCUGCUUCCAGGCCUUCUCCAGCAGCACGUACGACGUCCAAGUGAUGACCUUUUCCCCAACGGACCUGUGGAGCAGCAGUGCGCGCAUCACGCUGUUCGCGAUCGGCAUCACCGUUACUGUCAUCUUUGUGGCCGGGGCACCCAUCUACUACGCGCUGACCAUGCUGUACGGCAAGAAGCGCAAGCUGCUGGACACGCGGGCAUUCCGCACGCGCUGGGGGUGGAUGGUGACGCGCUACGAGUACCGCUACUUCUACUGGCACCUCAUGCUCUUCGCCAGGAGACUGCUCGUUGCUGCGCUGUUUGUCUUCCUCAUUGACUCGCCCCCCGUUCAGAUGACUAUUCUCUUCCCCGUGCAAGUCAUCCUGAUCGGCCUUCAGCUCGCCGCCUCCCCCUUCGUGGCCUCGACCCACGACGCGUUCGCAGCGAUCCUCAUCGUUGCCGAGAUGAUCUUCAUCAUCGCGACCAUGGGGUUCAACUUUGUGCAGCUCGAAACGCUCCCUAAGAUCGGUUUCGCGCUCGUCAUCAUGGCCUUCUGCAUCCCCACCCUCAUAGUCUUCUCCUACGAAACCACCAACCACCUCCUCGUCUGGAAAGUACACGGCGCAGCCAAGAGCCUCUGGGCGCUGGACGACGACAGAGAGGGUGGGGACGGAGGUAUGGGAGGGGCGGGGAAGAUUGGAAAAGAAUGGGGCGGCGGGGAGAAGGGCGGCGGGGGGAUUGGGGGCGGAGCAGCCAGCAACAAGCCGAGGAGUGUGAGGGAGGGAGCGGUGGAGGUGUCACCUAGCGACGUGCUCGACUGGUUCCGCCCGCACAUCGCUGCCAUCAUCCUGCUCCCAGGACGGGAGGAGGAGCGCAGGCUCCUCAUGAAAGUGCGCCGCGCGUACGAAGCCUGCUGCUACCCUCUCACCUCCCCCUCCUCCUCCUCCUCCUCCGCCGCUCCUGGAGCAAACGGCGACGGCCCGUCCGCUACCGCUCCCCCCACCUCCUCCUCUAAAUCCCUCGUGCCUGCGCCUGAGUUUGGCGACAUAGCGUGGAUCAAGGACCUGAACAAGUCGCAGCUCUUUGCAGCGCUUCACCAGAUAGUUCUCGGAGCGGCCGUGGGCAGGAGGCCUGUGGCCCGCGUCCCCUUUGACGCCCGGGACGUGCCAGCUAUCUGGACCACGUCAGGCGGGCUCGUGAUCGCUGGCAUGGGCGCCGUUCCCACUGCUGCGGGUAGCGGUGGUGCUGGGAUUGGAGCACAGGAGAGUGAUAGGAUGGAUAUUGCGGAUGGCAGUAUGCUGAGCAGUCGUUACGGGCAUGGAAGCACCAGCUUUUAUAAUGGUGGUGGUGGUGUGGGGAGUGGCACGCGCGUGCAUGAUAUUCUCGCGUCUUCUCGCUUUAUCAGCAAGGCGAUGCGGGAAAACGCCAAGACAGACCGCCCGGCGCUCGUGCGCUCAACUAAUAUCUCGAUCAAGAAUCUGCGGCCGCCCAAGCCGCCCCAGCCGCUGCCGCAGGAUCUGUGGCCGCCGCCCCUGGAGGAGUGCGCCACGUGGGCGCACGUGAUUGGGCGGCAGCAAGCCGCCCAGUUGGAGAGGGAUGGGGCCUUGGCAGAGGGGAGGGAGGAGGAAGAGGAGGAAGAGGAUGAGGGAGCGAAGGAGGAGAUGGCGGGUGCCCCUGCUGGGUAUGGUAAUGGCAGUGCUAAUGGUGGUGGUGCUGCUGCUGCUUUGAACGGGGAUGUUGAGAAGGGUGGGGAAGGAGGAGAGGGAGGGGAGGAGGACGGAGAGGAGGACGAAGUGGAGGGGGAGGAUGAGGAGGAGGAGGAGGGGGAGUACUUGGAGGCGUGGCUAGACAGCAUGGGCAUCUCUCUGGCGUUUCAGCAGAGCUUCUCGCAACUCACUCUGGUGGAGAAGAAGAGGAAGCCGCAGUCGCUGCGCCGUUUGCUGACCUCGGUGAAGCUGAGAGACAUCCUCGGCUGGCUCUCGUCCCCUCUAUGUACCACUGCUGACCGAGCACUGUUUGUUCGUCUUCUAGCGGCGGUGCGGGCGGCGACAGUGGAGGAUGCGGGCGGCCCGCGCUGGAGCAAGUGCCUGGUGGUGGCGUUCCAGGGGAAGCCCAACGCCACGCGCAAAGUGGCUGCAGCAAGCAAGGACUAUCUGGCAGAGGCGUCCGAGAAUACGCUGGCAGAGGCGUCUCAGGAGGACUCGGGUUACGGCUAUGGUGUGUGAGGUGACCUUUGAGCCGGCGGGGUACGGCUGUGGUGACCUUGGAGCCGACUCUAAAGGCACUGUCAGGGGGAGGGCUCAGCGUUUGGCUACGCUGUCUGGGAAUCGGUUGCUGCUGAAGCAUCUCAGGAAGACUCUUUGUCUGGACUCUGGUUGGGACUCUGGUUUGGUCUGGGUAGCAGUGUCAGAGGAAUCUUAGGGUGCUGAACAGAGUGCAAUGCACUUGUCCUUUCUGAGUGGUAACGCUCGCAGCGAGCCGAGGCAUCACAGGAGGAGCCCUUCCCAUGGCCAAGCUGUCUGAGGAACGUUUUCGAGGCGCCUAAAAAAUAGUAGCCUCAGUUCACGCUGGGUAACACGCAGCGAGGCAUGCCAUGAGGGUUCCUUCCUUACGGCAAAGCUGGCUGAGGAACAUUGGCACAGGGGAGGAGAGGACCCUGCCAGUCUGCUGCUGGGCUUACCUAUCUAUGGUAGUGCCGUAUCUCAUCUGGGGAGGGGUGGGGUUUACCCUGCGAGAUAAUACUGGCUGGGUAGGCAUGCUGGUAGGCACUGUAGCCGCCUGCUUGCUGUGUACAUUAUCUUGUGUAAUUCUGCUCGUGCACCAUGCGCUGACUUGGGCAGUGGAUUUGGUUUGGGAAGUGUGGGAGGGAAUAAGUCCGUCUGACCAACUCAGAUUCUUUCUUGAGGGUUGUUUUUGGUCUUAUGCAUGAAUUAGCAUUGCAUGUCAACACGCUGUAAGCUUAUGCUAGUUCCUUUCGGGUCUUUGCAGUGAGAUGCUAACAUUUCUUCAUACCGGUAGCAAUACAUUUAUAGCGUUAUA